CUUCUUCAGAUCCGACCAGACAUAGUCGCUAGCACCCCGGUGCGAUUUCGGCGGCGGUAUGAAAUCGGAGAUAAUUGCACCUCCACACAUGUCGGCUCACGGAAAGGGUGUAAAUGUUCACAAAUGGAAUCUUACCGGCGAAAACGAAAAAUCUCUCUCUCUCUCUCUUCUUGAUGGAGUUUCUCUUCCUCUCUUCUUACUUUGGCUUUUUUUUACGUCAGAAAAAUAAUAAAAGAGCUUUACA